GCCUGUAUGAUCAGUGAGCUGCUGGAGUCCGGACUGAACACACGCAACUGGGGACGUUUCCUCCUCUCGUAUUGGGAAUCUAUAAAGUACAACCUUGGUGUUUGAUGGUUUUAAAGGAGACACUGUGUUCACUCUGUGCUGCUUCUCUCCCCGGACGUCUGCUUUGAGGUUUUUGUUUUUUUAAACUGGAAUAAUUUUGAGCCGUUUUGGAGAGCGCGAUGCCUCAAACGGACUGAGAGGCUUCUCCGUCCUCUCGGGACAUUUCAGGACGUCCAGCUGUGUUUGUCUUUCAUUUUGAGUUGGGGAUGAUGACUCACGUCUGCAUGGAUUACAUUUUAAACAUCACCUGUGCCUGAACACCUCGGACUGACAGUAUAACGCACGCAGUCUCCAGAGCGCAGCGCCCUCCCACCAAUGAAAUAUCUCCCCGCUGCGGAUCGACAAAGUACGCGGAUCGAGCUCAGUGAGACCAGCCACGGUGCCAAGUCUCGUCCCGGCGCUGUGGUCCACUUGCUGACCCCACUGGACCCACUUCGGCAGGCAAAGCGGCUUCCCAUCCGAGUCCUCAAGAUGUUGACUGCGCACACCGGACACUUGCUGCACCCGGAAUAUUUACAGCCCUUGACGUCCGCCCCAGUCAGCAUCGAGCUGGAUGCCAAGAAGAGUCCCCUGGCCCUGCUGGCUCAGACCUGCUCUCAGAUCGGCAAACCAGACCCUCCGUCCUCCUCCAAGCACGGCUCCUCCUCCUGCAGCCCGGGGGACAAGGAGUCCGGCAGUCGCUCAUCCAGCCUGAAGCACGGCGAGCGCCGCCCCUCUGUGGAUGAUAAAUGUAGCUUCAAGCCUUACAACAAAGGCAGCGGAGACUGUCGCAGAGACGGAGUCAGCAGCAGCACCAACAACAGCAGCGAUAAAGUCGGGUUCAGGGUGCCGAGCAGUAAUGUUAAUAACUCUAGCACUAAUGGAAGUUCAACCACGGGACAGCAGCAGUCGUCCUACCCGCCGCACGCUGCCUCACCAAACUCCAGAGCGGGCAGCACCACCCCACCUGGACACGCUCAGCCCCAAAAACAGAGCCAGUCUCCGGUCUCCCACUCCCAGACUACAAACGGAGACUCUGCACACGAGCAGGGCAGUCCAACCAGCACGAGCGGCAAUAAUAAUAAUCACCAGAAAAAAGAUGCGGAUGUAAGCAAGAGGAUCUCGGACAGUCCGCACGAUGCAAAUUCCAGCCACGCUCGAGCCAGCGCCAACUGCAGCAACAGCAGCUCCGAUGGAGGCUCAAACCACGAGGGGGGUAAAGCAGACUCCUCCCAUCCUAACCUGGGUCCCGGUCGCAUUACACCCAUUUCUCCUUACAAAACAACCCAGCCUCUUUUCCCGCUGCCCGCCUCCAAUUUGGGCUACCAUGGAUCUGUAGUCGGGGCGUACGCAGGCUACCCGUCUCAGUUCGUUCACGGUAUGGAUCCGACAAAGCCGAACCUCGGCAUGGGAAGCCUCGGCGUCCUGGGAAAGCACCCGAGCUCCAGCCCUCUCACGGGGGCCUCCCCUCCCUCCUUCAUGCAGGGUUUGUGCAGGGACCCCUACUGCCUAAGCUACCCGAGCGUGUCCCACCUCGGCGGAAGCAACUGCAACUCCUGCAGCCACGACCCUUCCUCCUCCCUCAAAUCAAACUUCCCCCUGGUGUACCCCUCCCACCCUCUCCACUCCCUCCACCAAAGCUCCAGCGUGUCCUCCUCCCUCUCGCACCCUCUCUACACGUAUGGCUUCAUGCUCCCGAAUGACCCCCUUCCCCACGCCUGUAACUGGGUCUCGGCUGCGGGGCCGUGCGACAAACGUUUUGUCACGUCGGACGAGCUCCUGGCUCACCUCCGCACGCACACGGCCCUGCCCGUGGGAAUGGACAGUAAGCUGCUCUCUGUUUCCUCUUCUGGACCCGCCUCCUGCCACCUCCACCUCCCUCACCAGAGCAGUCCCGGCUCAAUGCCCGGCUCCCUCUCCCUCAGGUCUCCCCACAGCCUGGGAUUAGCUCGCUAUCACCCUUACAGUAAGGUUCACCUGCCCCCUGGACCCUCCUCCAUCUCCCUGCACUCUCUGCCCACCACAGGCCCGUACUACCCUCAUUAUGCCCUCUACAGUCAAAGACUUGGAUCUGCAUCUGCCUUGGGAUACCAAUGAUUCACCAUCUGCUUACUAGUUUUAAGAAUUGGUUUGACAUUUUGGAAAAUAAGCUUAUUUUCUGUCCUCUGGAGAGUCAGACGAGAAGAUUGAUACCACACACUCAUAUCUUUCUUCCAAAUACGAAAUUACAGCCAGCAUCUGGUUAGCGUAGCUUAGCACAAACACUGGAAACAGGGGAAACGGUUAGCUUGGAUGAAAAAAACGGCAGUAAAAUAAAAAAAUAGCAAUACUUCAGUUCUUUAUUACACACUCAUGAACUUCUUUUUUCAUCUGUGAAAAUAGUCUUAAAGGGAUCAUUUUAAAGUUUUUUACUUGGCAAACACGACUGCGGUAGGCUAUUGCUCCUAGCCAAAAAAUUAUCCAUACAAUUAUCUGAUAAGAACAUUACAUUUUUAAGCUCUAAAUUCGGACAUCUUGUUUGUUUUUUUUAUCAAGAAGUCCCCAUAUUUGAAAAGAAGGUGAAUGCACACCGCUAUGUCUCUAUCCUGUUACACAGAUUGAUUAUGUAGCACCAUGUCAAUCAUACUGUAGGUAGCCAUGACCGAUAGCUUACCCUGCUUUCUUGUGGGUAAUUGAAUGAGACCGUAAACAUCAUGUUAUGUCAUAGAGGACAUUUGAAACAAGAGAUAGAGACUUUCAACAAAUCAAGUGGGAAGCAGGCUCAUUUUCUCCUGUGCUUCAAUACAAUCCUACUUCUCUGGGCUAACGCUAAUAUCGCCCUCUGCUGGCCUGGAGGUUUUAGGUACUUCUCAACUCAACACAGCACAGAUAACGAGGAAUAUAGACAGCAGUAAAUCAAAUACAUAUAAAGACACUGUUAUGAUUUUUAACCGCAACAGUAACAGCAAUAACUACUUUACAAUUGCAGCUAUCAUAGCAACAAUAUCAAAAUCACUUUUAUCACUGGCUUCAUUUUUAACCCAAGGGGCUAACACAACUAUUUAGAUAUAGUACGAUGUUGAAUGUGUAUUUUUUUCCCAACAAGAACAAGAUAAACACAUACAUACAAACAAUUAGACUAGAUGUUGGCACUUUUGAACAAAGCCAGGCUGCCCCUGUUUCCAUGCUUUGUGCUAAGCUAAGCUAAACUAACCAGGGUAUAAUUCUUUAUUUGACUUCCCACAGAAAGGGAAUAAGCUUUUCUUAAAUGUCUUAACCUUUCCUUCACGUUUGAACUUAGUUGCGGCGCGUUACUGCUUCCACUUGAUUUAAGGCUGGAUUCAAGAGGAACACGGAUCAAAGUGCAAGUCCUGGAUUUUGACUUGAGUGCAUCUUCACCCUUUCUUUACACACAAUAAAUGAGAUUUUGGUGUUUCUAAUCAGGCUCCACUCCUAAAGAUCAGAGGACUCUCCUUGUGGCACAUUGUUGGGAUACUUUUUGCAGCAGACAUGACGGCCCCCGCGGGAAGACUCGUGCCGCCCCGUGGGCUCUGCAAAUUGACGGUUGGACGCUGCGUAACAGCACUUGAAUGUUCAGGGUUCUCGCUGCAAAUGAUGAUGAUUUAGUGCAGAAAAAUGUAGAGUGGCGGGGGACUGCGAGGAGCCGCAGCCGUGGACCGAUGUAAUCCCGUCCUGCAGGAGAUGCAUGUAAGCUUGACACACCUGUUUACUCAGCACCCAUGGUUUGUGAUGAUUUGUUUCAGUUUCCUUCUGUUUUUGUUUAUUCCUACUGAGAAGUUGUAUUUAUUUUCAUGGGAAAUCUGACUUUCUUUCAUGUUCACCACAUAAAUGGAGAGAGUCGAGCUGGGUGACAGAUGCUGAAUACGUCGUGUCUUAACACUUCUCUGAGAAUGAAUGUUCAAUCACAUCUCUCUCUCUCUACGGACGCCUGCUGGGCUUUUUUGAUUUCUACAAAUUAAUUCAAAUGAGAUGUGAUAUUUUAUAUGUGAAACUGGAACACCAUGUGCUGGUAUCCAGUUUGAGGGGGGGGGCAUAUUUUGCUAAAUAAAUCUCAUUGAGGAUGUA